CAAUUGUCAAAAAUUGGUGUCAUAUGUGUCAUAUCACAUGACCAAUUUUGUCCCCGUGACCAAAAUUGAAGGAAAAUUCAAAAAAAUUUAAUCAAAUCAUACACUUAACCUUAAUAUGGAUAUGUUAGAUCCACUGGACUCGAGCGCAGAAGUUGACGAAGUCGAGACGAAAGUAAUUUUAAAUGAUAAUGUUAUAUCAAAGCAUUCAACAGAAAGUGAUGAUGAGCAAAAUGUUGUUGAUCAUCUUUCACCUCAAACACUUUUAGAAACUCCUGCUGAUACUGAAGUACAAUACUCUUUAAGAUCGCCUGAAGGUAUGAUAACAUACCGUGUACUUCAAGUAGAAGAAGGUGCAGAACCUGUGCCCCAAAUUGUGACAACUAGUAACAGUUUUUCUAAUACAAAUGUUCAACAGGUGCUAACAAGUAAUUUAAAUGGACAACUUUAUGUUAUUGGAAAUCCAAAUGAAGUUUUUGCAACUCAAGCAGGUGCUAGAGCUAUUGCUCCAAGAUCUUCAAUAAUUGAUGGCAGUGCUUCAGUAGUUACUAAUAUUAAACGGCGUGAUGAAAGGCGAAGGGCUACACACAAUGAAGUGGAGCGGCGAAGAAGAGACAAAAUUAACAACUGGAUAACUAAAUUAUCAAAAAUAAUACCGGAAAGUGCACCACCUGAUAUGAAAGGGAAUGGACAUUACGAUGGUCAAUCAAAAGGUGGUAUUUUAGCGAAAGCAUGCGAAUAUAUUCUUGAAUUGCGGGAAAAUGAGCAAAAAUGUGAUCAUUAUAUGAAAGAAAAUAAACAAUUAAGUCAAACUAUUGAUUUGUUAAAACAGAAGAAUGUGGCUUUAGAACAAGAGAAUAGAACCCUAAGAGACAUUUUGAAAAGAAAUGGGCUAGAAAUCCCAAAUACUAUAAUUUCAUAGGAUUAGUUGUUUAGUUUAAUGUAAGGGAUUAUGAAAGGUGUAAGCACGUAUGUACCUACAGUAUGAUACAUAUAGUUCUAUUUUCGUUGUACGUUAAGGAUUUUUUUUAAAGAUAUUUAUGAUGUGUUAACCAAAUUUUAAAGGAUUUUUUUGUUAAUAAGCAACUGUACAUUUACGUGUGAAGUUAUAAAUGUAAUGUAAAUAAAUAUUUGCUAUUUUA